UGCCACUGGUGUCAGUUACCUUUUGGCAGUCCGUGAAGCAGUCCGUAUCUGCGAGCAAAGAAAACCGUUGAACGACCGUUCGUGAUCCGCAUAAUCGAAACCUCUUUGUUAUUGUUAUUGAUAUUAUUUUGGGAAACGAAACAAAUUUUUUGCACACCUACGCUAAUAAGCGAAACGUUUACUACUUAUUCUAAUCGUUGCGAUCCGAGCCCAUUGAGUUGAUUAAGCAAUGCGAGGCGCUACUGUUUACUACCUCAAAAUACUCUUGGCCAUUUGUACGAUACACGAAAUGGCCGGUGGCCUCAUCAGGAAUACGACAGAUGCCGCCUACAAGAAGUAUCUGUCACUCAAGUCGCUGCCAUUCGAAGACUGCGGUUCUUUGUACAAAGUCAACUACCUGGAGAUCGAAAGCUGUUCAACAUUGCCUUGCUCCAUGGCACGGAAUGCGAUUAUUAAGGUGACGGUGCUCUUCGAUGAUAACGGCAAUGGCGUUACCUUUCUGAAGCACGAAGUGCGUUGGGUGUUCAAUUAUAUCAAGACCCAGGCGGCCAUAUCACCGGAUCCCUGCGAUGGCGAUCACGACUGCAUCAUGAGUGCCUCCGAUGGCAAGACCUAUUGGGCCAAUAUCUUUGUGAACGAGUCGUUGCCGGUGAUGCGGGGCAGCAUGCUGUGGGAGUCCAAGGAUGAGUGCCAACAGAACCUCAUAUGCUUUGAGGUCCCAGUGCUGAUCACAGUGUGAAUACACCGCCGUACAUUGUACCGUUCAUACAUACAUAUGUGUACACUAUAUAUAACGAAAAUAAAGUAAUUGGUGCAUGCAAAACA